AUGGAUGAAUUCAAUACAAAGUCAUAUAAUAUUGUUUGUUUAGUGUCUUCUACAAUAGGUAUACUAGGUUCAAUUUAUCAAAUUUUACCAUGUAAAUCUUCAAGUCAUAUUAAUAGAUUGCAAAAUAUGACAUCUACGCGUGGAAGGCAUUUAAUAAUCUGGCUGGCUGUUGCAGACCUACUAGCAUCUUUUGGUGUUCUUGUACGCUCCUCACUAUGGCUAAGGUACAAAACUAUAAUGCCUUUACCAGAUGAUGACAUUAGUGUCCUUUUUUGCAGUAUCACCUCAGCAUGGACUCAAUAUUUUUACACUGCAACUUGGUUUUGGACCUUAUUCUAUGCUAUAGAUACUUUGAGAACUAUCAAAGGAAGAGAUUUUCAUCCAAUACUCUAUCACUCUGCUGCCUGGGGUGUGCCUGCAGCCACUACUGGUAUUGGGUUGUCCAUUUUGUACAUUCCUAAUGCAAAAUGUCACAAUUUAAAAACAGUCACUAGCGCUUUCUUAAGAAUACUACCAAAUUAUUGUGCAACAUACUUGCCUAUAGCAAUAGUUAUGAUUGCUAACCCUGUUUUGUACAUACUAGCAAGUAAAGAGGUGGAGACAACUGUAGCGCUACCACUGGCACAGUUUACUAGUAAAGAGCGAAGAGUCGUCGAUGCACUAAAAUUGAAAUUUUUUCUUAUAAAUGUAGUAUUUUAUGUGUGCUGGUUACCCAAUCUUGUUAACGGCGUAAUGAUAUGGACUAUGUGGUUUAACAUGCCAGUCAAGAUUAUUAUCUCGAUAUGGUACAUAAUGGCUUUAAUGAAUCCAAUGCAAGCACUAUUUAAUGCAUUGGUGUAUCGGCGAUGGAAUACAAAUAACAGCAGAUACAGUCCGACGUUUUCAUCUAUGCACAAGGAGUUUAAUCUACAUAACGAACAAUCGCCACUUUUAGGUUCUGAACCGCCUAGAUUGCCACUGUCGCCUUUGCCUCCUGGCAUAAAUAGUUAUGCGACGUUGUAA